UCUUUCACUUACUUGGUUAGAGUUACUGUGAGAUAUUUUAAAUGUAAUUUGGGGCUAUUUUGAAAGAUGUUAUUUCCCUACUUUCUUUCUUAUUCCCUUCAUCAUUUUUACAGAGGAGAGCUACUGAUUUUUGUGAGUUAAUUGUGUAUCCAUCCUACUUUGCUUUAAGUGUUUUUCACCCAUUGGAGUUCUGUGUCAUUUUUAGGGUCACUUACAUAUCCUAUUACAUCCUCUGUAAAUAAGAAUACUUUGACUUCUUUCUUUCCAAUUUUAUCCCCUUAAUCUCCUCUAGCUAAUACUUCCAGUUCUAUAUUGAAUAGACAUGGUAAGAUUAGAGGUCUUGUUGUGUUCCUGAUUUUAGGUGAAUUACUUUGAGUUUCUCCCCCAUUUAAUUUGAUGUUGACUAUAGGCUUGUUGGAAAAUGCUUUAUUCUGAUUAGGUAUGUUCCUUGUAUCCUUUCUCUCUGUAGAACUUUUAUCAUGAGGGGGUGUUGGAUUUUGUUAAAGGCCUUUUCUCCAUCUAAUGUGUUGAUAAUGUAGGUUUUUUUUUUCUUUUUGAUAGUUUAUAUGGUGGAUUACAUUUCUUGAGUUUUGUAUCUUGACCCAUCCCUGAAUGUCUUGGAUGAAGCCUACUUGAUCAUGGGUAGAUGAUUGUUCUGAUGUGUUCUUGGAUUUGGUUUUUGAAUAUUUUAUUGGCUGUUUUGCAUCUAUGUUCAUAAGAGGAAAAGGUCUUUUAUUCUCUUUCUUUGUUAGGUCUUUAUGUGGUUUAGGUUUCAGGGUAACUGUGGCAUGGAAACUCAGGUGCUGGGGAUGUAGGUCAGGAGUAGAACACUUUUUACUAUGUAUUAUGAUGUAGACAAAUACAACUAGACAGUGAUCUUUAAUAGGAGUGGUUGAUCUCACACUACCACUGAAAUAGCUGCAUGUUAUUGAUGAACUAGAUUUUGGUGGGCUAGAGUCCCUAUUACAUGAAUUAGAUGCCCUGAAUGAGACAGAUGAUCAACAAGCUGAGCAGUAACGUAGAGGUGGAGGAGUGUGGAGUCCACAAACUGAACUGUAAGGUAGGGGUGGGUGGAGUGUGGAGCACACCUUCCAUCACAGCACUGGGAUGGAAACUGAAGCUGGAUCCUUGCCAGAUUUGAGGAUGUCAGAGAAACCAUCUAGCAGCACAGCAGGGCUGGGGAAAGGAGCAAGGUAUCACUUCACCUGCCAGGAUGCAGUGACCUAUGAGGAUGUGCAUGUGAACUUCACUCAUGAAGAGUGGGCUUUGCUAGAUCCUUCCCAGAAGAGUCUGUACAAAGAUGUGAUGCUGGAAACCUACUGGAACCUUACUUCUAUAGGUUACAAAUGGGAAGACCACAAUUUUGAAGAAAAUUGUCAAAGUUCUAGAAGACAUGGAAGGCAUAUCAACUGUCCCUCUGGAUACAAGCCAUGUGAGCAUGAGGAAUAUGGAAAGAACCAAUAUACCUCUGUUUCUCCUGAAACAAUUAGAAAAUAUGUUAUAGUCACUACUAUGAGAAAACAUGAUGACUGUGAUACAAGUUUAUACUCUCACAUUGGAGAAAACCCAUAUGAGUACAAGCAAUAUGGAAAUUCAUCUGUCUGUCCUGGUUCAUUUUGUACAUAUAGUUUGACUCACAGUAUAAGAAAAUGUUAUGCAUGCAAUCAGUGUGGUAAAAACCUGAAUUCUUCCAAUUAUUUUCAAAGACAUGAAAAAAUUCAUUUCGGAAGAGGAAGUGAUAAAUGUGAGCUUCGUAAUGAGAAUUUUAGCCAUCACAGAUAUCUUCAAACACACAAAACAACCAAUAAUGAAGAGAAUACCUACGAAUGUAAACAACAUGAUAAAACCAUUAGAUAUGAUUCCUCUUUAAAAUUACAACAAAUAACUCAUUUGGAAGGAAAACCCUAUGAAUAUGAGCAAAGUGAUAAAGUAUCUGCAUGUCAUAGUCUUUAUCAAGUACAUAGAACUCAUCAUAGAGAAAAAAAGUAUGAAUAUCAGCAAUGUGAUAAAGCCUUUUUAAGUCCCUGUUAUCUUCAAAUAUAUAAAAGAAUUCAUACUGGAGAGAAGGCCUAUGAAUGUAAUCAAUGUGGUAAAGCCUUUGUACAGAAGAGUAAUCUUCACAGGCAUGAACGAAGUCAUACUGGAGUAAAACGCUAUGAAUGUAUUCCAUGUGGUAAAGCCUUUGCACACAAGUAUAAGCUUCUCAUUCAUGAAAGAAUUCAUACUGGAGAGAAACCCUAUGAAUGUAAUCAAUGUGGUAAAGCCUUUGCAGAGAAGUGUAACCUUCGAAGUCAUGAAAGAAGUCAUACUGGAGAGAAACCCUAUGAAUGUAACCAAUGUGGCAAAGCCUUUGCACAGAAGAGUUCUCUUCACAGUCAUGAAAGAAUUCAUUCUGGAGAGAAACCCUAUGAAUGUAGUCAAUGUGGUAAAGCCUUUGCACAGAAGAGUAAUCUUCUCAUUCAUGAAAGAAUUCAUACUGGAGAAAAACCCUAUGAAUGUAAACAGUGUGGUAAAACCUUUGCACAGAAGAGUAAUCUUCUUAGUCAUGAAAGAAGUCAUACUGGAAAGAAACCCUAUGAAUAUAAUCAAAGUGCUACAUUCUUUGCACAGAAGAAUCUUCUCAUUAAUGAAAGAAAUCAUACAAGAGAGAAACCCUAUGAAUGUAAUCAAUGUGGUAAAGCCUUUGCAAGGAAAAGUCAUCUUCUCAGUCAUGAAAGAAUUCAUACUGGGGAGAAACCCUAUGUAUGUAAUCAGUGUGGUAAAGCCUUUGCACAUAAUAGUCAUCUUCACAGUCAUGAAAGAAUUCAUACUGGAGAGAAACCCUAUGGAUGUAAUCAGUGUGAUAAAGCAUUUUCACGUAAAAGUCAUCUUCGAAGGCAUGAAAGAUGUCACACUAGAGAGAAACCCUAUGGAUAUAAUCAGUAUGGUAGAGACUUUGCAUUUAACAGUCACCUUCAAAUAAAAGAAAACUCAUACUGGAGACAGACCCUAUGAAUGUAAUCAAUGUGGUAAAGACUGCACAGAACAGUCAUCUUCACAGUCCUGAUAGAAAUCAUAAUUAAAAAAAAACCCUAUGAAUAUAAUUAAUGUGGUAAAGUCUUUGCACAUUGCAGUAUCCGUUCAAAUCAUGAAUAAAUUCCCUGUGGAAAUCCUCAUGAACUAAUAAAUGAGAUCAAGUCUUGUAGUCCACAUACUUUUUCCCCAUUGAGUUACCUCACUGGUGCUUGAGUAAGAUUAGUAGAGACAUUUCAUAAUUAAAAUAUUGUCUCUUUUUAAAAUUGUAAACAUGUUUUAUUCCAGGAAUAGAGAAACACAUACUAAUAUGAAUAAUAAAAAGUAUUUGCAAAUGAAACUGAUAUAUACUGUCAUCACAUUAGUUUUGGAUCAUGGUACUUGAUUCUAAGGACUAAAUACUUUUUCUCAUAUUCUCAGCAACACAAAUGAAUGGCAGAAAAUUUUGUCAGUGAGGAAAUGUGAUUCCUACUAAUCCUGACUACCUGAUAUUGAGUUCCAGGAUGGCCCUAGUUAUGUAGAGAGAUCCUUUAUCAAAAAAUCAAAACCAGGAUCUGGAAAGAUGGUUGCAUUUCUAUAGGACCUGGGUUCAAUUGUCAGCACCCACAUAGAAGCUUACAACUGUCUUUUUAUCUAGUUCUAGGGGAUCCAACAUACUCAUACAUACAUGAAGGCAAAACAUCUUUUCAUGUAAAAACAAAGUAAUCCUUUUUAAAAGUAUAUAUCACAUUGUGAAACUUUCCCUAGUAUAAUGUGGACUCAUUUCUACUUUGCUAAGUCAUUGUUGGGGUCAUUCCCAUCAAGAGAAUUGUGUUAACAAUUAAAAUAAGCAGUGUGCAGAGUCCAUUCAUAAAGGAAUUGAAAUCUAUUCAGCCAUUCACUGAACAAGUAGCAGGGACUCUCAUCACCUGCAAAUGAUGGAAGGCAGAAGGAGUAAAUGGGCAUCUUCAUUUUCUGCAGUAUAAUGACAUCUUUGUGAGCUGGAGAGUUGACUCAGCAGCACUGUUGCUGUUGUGCAUCCAAGUUUGGUUCCUAGCACCUACAUCAGGUGGCUCAGAAGUCUGUGUAAACUCUGGUCCAGGAAGUCUGAUGCCCAUUUAUGCCUUCCUUGGGCACCAGGUAUGUUGAUGUUAUAAAAGUGGAUGUGUACAUACAUAUAUGUAUGUGUAUGAUAGGAGAGAGACUCCAUAUUUUAAAAAGAACCUUCAUGUAUAUGUUAUGUUUUUUUUUUUUCCUUAAAAUAAAAUCACUUUUGUUCAUGUGUAUUGUCAGUACACUGUCCUGGAUGAAGUCAUACGAGGAGAAUUUUGAGUGCUUGUAUGUACACUUCAAGAAAACAGGACAGGGCUAUUGUGUUUUAAGUUUCUUCAAAACACAGAAUUGUUCUUUGAAUAUGUUUUCAUGUUCCUCACAAUAUAGCAGUUAGGAGUGAGUUUACUUCAUAUUACUCAUUACUGUUUGUUGUUUUUAUUGAAUUAAACUGCUUUAUAUGCCUUCAUGGAAAAACAUGUUAUUCUAUGUAUAUUGUAUUUGUCAUUGGAUACAGUUUGAACACAUUAGAACUUUACUCAUAUGAUCUUUCUUAAUCCUGAGUAUAAAUUGUCUGGGGCCCUGAAUAAAGUAGGCUCUUGUAUGAGAA